UCCCCACCACACUAUCCCAAACUCACAGUGCUCUCCUCUCUACCUCGGCCAUCAUCUACCCAGCUUUUCCGCCACUCAGCCAGCCAUUAUUUCUAGCUCCACAUCUUCAUUUGCUCGCCGUUCCCGACGUCUACAAUGUCUGCCUCGCCAGACUCUCCUCCAGCUCUUACCCGACAAUUCACGUCACCACCAAAUUAUUCAUUCCCACACCAUCGUCUCAACCGCGUCCUUCGCAACUCGGAAAAACAGCCUAUCGUGCUCGUAGCAUGUGGCUCCUUCAGUCCCGUCACAUACCUUCACCUCCGAAUGUUUGAGAUGGCUGUCGACUAUGUCAGGCAGAAUACGGACUUUGAGAUCCUCGGGGGAUACCUCUCCCCGGUCAGUGACCAGUACAAAAAGCCAGGUCUCUUGAGCGCAAAUCAUCGAGUAAACAUGUGCACGCUCGCCACGGAAGAAACUUCCGAAUGGCUCAUGGUCGAUCCAUGGGAGGCCUUCCAAGAAUACCAACGUACAGCCGUCGUCCUCGAUCAUUUUGAGCACGAAAUCAAUACCGUCCUCGGCGGUGUGCAUACCCAAGAAGGCGAACGACGCGAUGUGCGCGUUAUGUUGCUUGCCGGGUCGGAUCUGAUCAGCACCAUGUCCGAACCUGGGGUCUGGUCUGAGGCUGAUUUGGACCACAUCCUCGGCAAAUUCGGAACCUUCAUCGUCGAACGAGCCGGCUCCGACAUGGACCAAGCCACCGAAGCCCUCGCCCGCUGGCGACACAACAUCUUCUUCAUCAACCAGCUCAUCCAGAACGACGUCUCUUCGACGAAAGUGCGCCUCUUCCUCCGUCGCGGCCUGUCCGUACGGUACCUCCUACCCGCGGCCGUCGUGCGCUAUAUCGAAGAAAACAGAUUGUAUCUGGAUGAGGCGUCGAGUAAUGCCAAUAAGGAGGUGCAGGCUAGCGGAGAUAAGGAGAGGGAGGGGAAGGGGAAUACGGUGGGUGGGUUGAGGAUUGCGAGUGGGGUCAAUUCGUCGACGGGGGGAGCUUGAUCGGUUGCGGCGAUCGUAGUCUGUGAUGCUCUAGGAGGACCGGCUGAGCUAGCUUUAUAGAGACGUGGCGCGGGGUUGUGCAUGGGCAUAGGGCUGGGCCUGGGUAUCGGUGACGAGCAUAAUUCCGAUGCUGAGGGUCAAGUCAACAACUAGAAUCGGGGAAAUCGCGGGGCUGAGGAAGGGAACCAGUACGAAGGCCCAUGGACCAUAUAUCGAGAAGUUCCGCUCUCUUUGCACGACUUGCAUGAAGCAUGACCGAGAAGUUCAAUUGCAAAUGUAUUUUCGUUUCUCCGUGGGGUGUGUGUGGAGUGUAUGUAGCACGUCGGGCGGUGUGUAUGUAGGGCGACGACGGCCAUUUGUACCAGUUUUUGGAUUCGGUGAUUCGGUCUUUUUAUCAGUCUCUCUUUUUCUCUUGUUUAUUCCUUUACAACUAUUUUCCCAUCCUCUCAUACCACACUCCGCUCUACUCCUCUCGUUCACACACCACUGUAACUUGAGCACUCGAGUCUUCGUGCCUUUGCUUCCCCUCUUCCAUAUGUCUUGGGGACUAGUACAUACUACAUCCUAUUCCAGCCAACCUACCCUACCGUCUGGUUGGCCGGAGGCUGCUUCGUCGUUAUUAUUUGGUGGCCCACGGCUGCGUUCAUCAUCAUAGGCAGAUAUCUCGGGAUUUUGGUGACAUAUGUAGCACGUACAAAGGUGGUCCAGCACGCGCUGAUUGGCGGUUUC